UUGUCAACUAAUUGUCUAAUUUCACAGAGACGCUCUCUUAUCUGCAAUCUGCCAUUGUGCAAUCCGGUGUGGGCAUUUCAAUCCAUAAAGUCCCAAAAACACUGACAGCGAGACCAACUCAACCACCUCUUCCAGUUGCAGACUUGAGUUCCUUAUGAUGGGAACCGCAUGUUUCCCAACUACUAAUGUUGUUCUCAAACCUCAAAACUUAUCUGGGAAUUUCUCUACCCUCUGUGAUAACUUUCGGUGUCUGAGGUUCCUCACUCCGAAACCGCCCCACCUGCGAUCCUCUCACUCUAAGUUGGGAAAUAGAGUAAAGCUGACAUCUUUUUCGAUGUCCAAGGCAACCCAUUUGAAGGUUUCACAAGCUGCACUCUCAUCCACGGAAGAAUCACUGUCUUCAUCUCCUCGGGUAAUAGGAGAACAUGACUUGCUCAUUGUGGGUCCCGGGGUUCUUGGUCGUUUGGUUGCUCAGAAGUGGAGUCAGGAACUUCCGGGUAGUCAAGUUUAUGGUCAGACAGUGACCACUGAUCAUCACAACGAGUUGAUUCAAAUGGGUAUUAACCCAUCUUUGAAAUGGACAGAAGCUACUCACAAAUUUCCCAAUGUCAUUUAUUGUGCUCCACCCUCUCGUACCCCAGACUAUGCUGGUAAUAUUAGGCUAGCUGCAUUAAGCUGGAACGGUGAAGGUUCUUUCUUAUUUACAUCAAGCAGUGCUCCAUAUGAUUGUAAUGAUAAUGGACCAUGUGAUGAGGAUUCUCCGGUUGUGCCUAUUGGGAGGAGCCCCAGAGUUGAUGUCCUUCUAAAAGCUGAAAAUGUGGUACUGGAGUUUGGUGGCUGUGUUGUGAGAUUGGCGGGACUAUAUAAAGCAGAUAGAGGUGCACACAAUUAUUUCUUGGAAAAGGGUGUUGUUGAUAGUCGUCCUGAUCACAUCCUGAAUCUUAUACAUUAUGAGGAUGCAGCUUCCCUCUCAGUUGCAAUCUUGAAGAAAAACUUCCGUGGACAGAUUUUCUUGGGUUGUGAUAAUCAUCCUUUGUCUAGGCAAGAAAUGAUGGAUCUGGUUAAUAAAAGUGGGAAAUUCAGUAAAAAAUUUGACAAGUUUACUGGAACUGAUGGCCCUCUUGGAAAGAGAUUAAAUAACACAAGAACCAGCCAGGUAGUUGGGUGGGAGCCCAAGUACCUUAGCUUUGCUCGUUUUCUAGAGAGCAGCAUGUAACAGACUCCUGAGUUUAUCUUUUUGUUGUUCACUCUAAUUAAAUAUUGAAAAUGCAUAGGUGCCUUAGUGUGUACAUUUUCCUAUUUCUUCAUAUCUGACAUUGUCAAUAAGGAUGAUCAGUUAUUGAAUUGUCUUAAAACACUCACUGAUUGAUCACUUUCAUGUUGCAUGCGUGCAGUAGAUGUAAUAAGCAAGUAGUCAUUUUUCAUAGUAGAAAUUCAUCGUUAGGAUCUCCCAAUCUUAGACAUUCAAAUUAGCAUUUGACAUGUGUUGUGUAACGCUGACCAAGCUGGAAAUAGUUACUUAUAUUACUCUC